CUCUUAAAACUAGAUUUCACUAUGAUCUUUUCUUUUAUGAACUUUCUUUUAUUUUUACAAUGAUCUCUUAUUCUUUAUUUCUAUCACUAUAAUAAAUAAAUAUUUUAUUUUCAAAUUUAUUGAAUAACUCAUCUAUUUUGCUUCAAAUAUAGACUAAACACAUCAUCGGUUAUCAUGGUUAUCGGUUAUCACAGUUUAAUGUUUUUUAAGGUUCUGUAUAGGUUGUUCGCAGGACAAAAACUACCGUAUAACAGUGACAAAUAUUUUAAGAUCCUAUUUAUCUGUGAUUUAAUUGUGAUAAAUUUUAGAUUCUCUGUGGUAAGGCAGACCUUCAAAGACAAUCUUGUUAGUUAUUAUGGUUGUCAGAUGUGUCUCAAUGUCGAGUUUCAAAGGGGAUAUUAUAGAUGCAGUACAUCCAAAGGUUGUUCCGCCAAAAAACAAGUAGAGCGAAGUAGCACAGAUUCUUCAAUGCUUGUCAUCACAUAUACUUCAACCCACAACCAUCCAGAUCCCACGGCCGUCUCUGCCACAAAUUCAGCUCGAAAACCAAAAGAUUCCGAAUCUGAAACCGAAACAAUCCAAGAUAUCCCGAUUACCUCUAAGGAAGAAGACCAAGAACACGUAGAACAAGAAACGAAUAAUACUAAGAGCAGUGUGACAAAUGAAGAAAAUUUUCAUUAUUUACAAUCUUCAAUAGAAGAUCCUUUCAAACUAAACAUGGAAAAACACCAUAUAGAUCUUGUUUUAGAGGAAAAACCAGUCUUCUAUGCAGCAGAGUUAGAGAAUUCGUCAGAAUCAAAAUCAGAAGAACUUGAUUAUUUCGAUGAGCUUGAGGAGUUACCUAUGUCUUCAUCUGUUUUUCAGUUUACUAGGAGCAUUUUUUCUGAUGAAAGGAUUCCUGUUGCCCCUUCUUGAUUGAUUCGUUUUUUUAAUGUGUCUCUUGUCUAGAAGAAUGUAACAUGUUUAUUAUUGUUCAUAUAUGGAGUACUAGCAUGCUACUUCCACAUUUCAAUUUGGCACCUUUCUAAGGAUGCUGAUGUCAUUAUGAAUAUUUUUAACUUUAGAUUAUCUAUUAUUGUCACGUA